AUGACAGGCAAAUCUUCACCUCCACCGUCAGACGCAAACACGUCUGGCCAUGAAGGGUUUUCCCAACCCGAGAAGGCCAACGGCGUGGUUGGGGAUGCUUCGAACGAAGGUACAGAAGAAAAAUCGCAAUCACCAUCGCCCAAGGCAGUGUCACAGGCUACUGGCCCUCCGGCAGUUUCAUAUCCCGGUCCAUUGAUGGGAAGUUUAUUCACGAUUUCCCUGCUUCUGGCUCAGUUUCUUGUCGCUCUUGAUAUGAGUAUUAUCACGACUGCCAUCCCCACUAUAUCGAGCGAGUUCCACAGUGUUGACCAGAUUGGAUGGUAUGGCUCUGCGUUCUUUUUGUGUCUGGCGACAUUCCAGGCAUUUUGGGGGAGGGCGUACAAGUAUUUCUCGCUCAAGAUUGCCUUCUUGACGUGUAUUGGCAUAUUCGAGCUCGGAAGUUUGAUAGCCGCAUUAUCACCCACCAGCGCGGCGCUCAUCGUCGGGCGAGCGAUCCAGGGGGUGGGUGGCGCUGGUAUCACGAGCGGAUGCUUCACGAUUCUAGCUUUCAUCACUCCACCUAAACGUCUACACGCCAUCUUUGGUCUCUCGUCCACAGUGUGGAGUUUGUCGUCGGUCCUGGGUCCUGUACUUGGCGGGCUGUUUACGCAAUACUUGACGUGGAGAUGGUGUUUCUGGAUUAAUCUUCCUAUCGGCGGGGCCGCCUUCCUCGUUCUUCUGCUUCUGUUCAAGACGCCGGCUCAUUCCCGUGUCGCUCAUGCAACUGGGAAAGAAAUCCCAUCUCUCUUUGACAUCCCGGGAAUGGUCAUCUUGGUCCCCUCUGUUGUGUGUCUCCUGUUGGUUUUAGAGGAAGGAGGUCUCACGCGACCGUGGAAUAGUGGAUUCUCCAUUGGGCUGAUCAUUGGCUCUAUUUUGAUAGCCAUGAUCUUUGCAGCGUGGGAAUGGAAACAAGGGGAGAAAGCAAUGCUUGUUCCUCGCAUUUUGAAGCGCCGAACUAUCCUUGUACUUGCCCUUUUUAACCUGACCGCCCAAGGUGGUGGCUUUGCGCGGACAUACAACCUCCCUAUAUAUUUCCAGGCUGGGCAAGGAGUAUCGCCAUCCGAGUCUGGUGUUCGUACAUUACCUACAGUGCUCACGACUUCCAUCAUCAGUUUUGCUUCAUCCAUACUAGUUGGAAAGAUGGGUUACUAUAAGGUUUAUCUCAUGGUCGGAGCCAUCUUUGUCACUGUUGGCUCCGGCAUGAUCUACACGCUUGUGCCCGAAUCCACGGCAGGAGAAUACAUCGGUUACCAGGUUCUGGCUGCCAUUGGCUCUGGUCUGGUGAUCCAGUUGAAUGUUCUUGUGGCGCAGGCUAUAUCCCCGCGAGUGGACAUAGCUGUAACCGUUGCAAUUGUACUUUUUUUCCAAUUUCUCGGCGGUACCAUCGGUGUCUCUGCGGCAAUAAACAUCAUGAACAAUGUUAUAGUCACCUCGCUGCCCAACGAUAAUCCAAGAGUAACACCAGCUACGGUGCUUACUGCUGGUGCAGGUUCGCUUCGUCAAGCUUUCCCAGACCCGGAUGAUCUUUCCACUGUGGUUGGCGCGUAUAUGAAUGGUCUUAGAGCGGCUUGGAUUUGGAGUAUCGCACUCUCUGGUAUAGCAUUUAUCAUCUCACUGGGGGCAGAAUGGAAAAGCGUGCGCCAAGCAGACGUCAAGAAGAGAAAUGAAGCCAAGGCAGCAGCGAAGGCAGCCUCCCCUUAG